GGUUGGCUAUUCCACUGUCCUCCAUUUUCUGCUCCUACGCACACGCUAACGCAAACGACCGCAAAGAGCCGAAGCAGGUUUGAGCCCGUGCUCACGGGUGCUUGAGUUUGCUCAAACCUUUGGUGCUGCUCGUUUCCUGCUUAGCUUCAGCGUUCGUUUUCAGUCAUUUCUCGAUACCUGUACCGUCCGCAUCCUACACGCGCGUUGGUUGUUUGUUUGUUUGUUUUUUUCUUCUGUCUGUCGGAAUCGCUUAGUACGCGUUCGCUGCCCGUGUUGUUUCUGCUCGAUGCGAUGCGUGUUUUGUGAUGUACGGUGUGUUGAUCGUACAAUGAUCGAAUGAAAAAUAGAAGGUUCGUCACUUUGAGUCUUUCGUUAAGUGUGCAAUUAAAAAGUGAGCAAGUGUGGCAAAUGAUAUUACUGCAUGUUCUUUAGCACAGUGAACUACAAAAUAAAAACGUUCUUAAAAAGUGAUACAGUGCGUGUGAUAAAAAGCUCCUAACAAAAUCUCUUUCCGAGGUUUUCUUGGGAUGCUUUCAAAAUAGGCAACUGUGAUUAGAAAAAGCCUACCAAAUGUGACAGUGGUGUGAAAAAAAUUGUAACAAACAUUUCCCACCCGGUGUUAGGGACACUUCCAACUGCUACAUCUAAACCAGUUUAUCACGACUACGACUACGAAACAAACAUUGAUGAUCGGUGUAUGUGUCGCUGAAGGUGUCACUAAAUGCAUCUGCUUACCGUCGGACGUGCAGAAGAAAUCUAAUGCAAAUAACGCAAAUAAAGUAUGAAAUGAAAACAAAGUGAAUGUGAGUGAUUACAGGAAGAAAUACCAUUAGCUAAGAGACGCCAAAAUCAUAACAAACAAUUUGCAAUUCGUUGCACUCGUCGGCGGUGCCAUCUAGUGCAAUUCGCCCGAAGUAUAAUGUUGAUAGGAUCUGCGAUCGGUAGUGAGUUCGCCCAAUUACCGAGUGCCCCGUGGAGCAUGGAACCUCCGAGGGCUCCACUGCCCGGUCAAGGAUCGCUUCCUCCUCCGCCGCCGACGCUCCAGCUCUCACCAACCGUCGGCCUCUCACCUAACCUCCCUUCGCCCGGCUCCGUUCAGCCCACGACGAACUUGUUCGGUGCCGCGGCGGCUGCUGCAGCAGCCGGAGCAGCUGGAACCGCCAACGCACACGCCCUGGCCGGUCUGGUGUCGCAACACCGGCUGCUAGAGCUGUCCCGCUUCGGUCUGCGUGGCUACGAUCUGGCACAGCAUAUGCUCACCCAGCAAGGGGCCGUAUCGAAGUUGUUGGGCACUCUAAGGCCACCGGGUCUGAUUGGUGGUUCCAAACCGAAGGUAGCUACACCGGCCGUCGUUUCCAAGAUCGAACAGUACAAGCGGGAAAAUCCGACCAUCUUCGCGUGGGAAAUCCGGGAGCGCCUCAUCUCGGAAGGUGUUUGUACGAAUGCGACUGCUCCAUCGGUGUCCUCCAUCAAUAGAAUCCUGCGUAACCGGGCUGCAGAAAGGGCGGCAGCCGAGUUUGCUCGGGCGGCUGGCUAUGGUCUCUAUCCACCACCACCGUACGGUGGAUUUCCUUGGCCAACUCCCACCCAUCUGUGGUCUCCUGGACAAGGACUACCCAACAUGUCGCAGCCUGGUGGAAGUACUACCCCCGGGACGAUUGGAUCACCUGGUUCCGGUUCGCAUGAGACACUUGGUUCGCCUGAUGGCAAUCGAUUAAUCGACAUUGAAGGCGAAGACUCCAACAGCCUCGACGGCGAUCAACCAAAGUUUAGACGUAACCGAACCACCUUCAGCCCGGAACAGCUCGAGGAGCUGGAGAAGGAGUUCGACAAGUCGCACUAUCCCUGCGUCAGUACCCGUGAACGUCUCGCGUCCCGUACCUCCCUCAGUGAAGCGCGCGUACAGGUUUGGUUUUCCAACAGACGGGCGAAAUGGCGACGUCAUCAAAGAAUGAAUCUUUUAAAAAGGUCCACCUCGCCGAGCACGCGGGCUGCGGCGGUAGCGGGAACGGCAAGUUCCGCUUUCACCCCUGGCUCCCCGCCGCCGCCGCCGCCGCUGCAGCAGCAGCAGCAACAGCCGCCGCCAACCGGAUCACAGCCGGCGGCGUCGGGUUCAACGGUACCGUCGGCCCUGGCGGCCCAUUCCCAGCACCCUUCCUCCGGUUCGCCGGGAGCGGGCCCUCCCCUGCCCGGUCACCACCAUCUUCCCCAUCAUCUUCCGGGGGCGGCGGGACUGCAUCAUCCGCACCAUCCGCACCAUCAUCUCACCCACCCGCACCAUCAUGCGCUUCAUCCGCACCACUUUCACCAGCAGCCGGCGGCCCCGGGGUCGGCGGCUGUUUCGCAUCAGCCGGGAGGCUCAGGGUCCUCCCAGUUGCCACCCCAUCACCACCAUCACGCGGCCCAUCUGCAUCCCAACCCGUCCACCUCGCCGGCGGCACAGGCGGCCCAGGCAGCGGCCGCCCUGGGAGCCCAGGCAGCAGCGGCAGUAGCAGCGGCCCAGGCAGCGCAAUCAUUAGUCACAGCAUCAACUCCAUUAUUAAUGGGCGGUGAGCACAGUGCGUUCCGGUCGCUCGUACCAACGUCGGCGGCGGCCCUUUUCGCGGGCUUGUCGCGCUCGUACGCCGCCACUACCGGUUCCUCCAAUCUGGACUCAGCCAGUCCGGCACCGAGCGACGAUACGGACGAGGAAAUCAACGUGCACGACGAUGACUCAAACGAUGAAGCGCUGGAAACGAGCGGUAAUGGUCGUCCCACGAAUGGUGGCGGUACGCGUCAUCGCCGUCGACGUCGCUCCAGUUCUGUCACCGCCUUUACCGACUCCUCCUCCGGUCCCUCCGGUCCCUUGCAGCUUACCAAACACGAACGCACACCGCAACAGUGAAGCCUUAUUGCGGGAAAAAAGCAGCCAUGUUUACCCAGGCCACCAUUUCACGCACCCACGGCCGAAGGACGAACAGAACAGGGUGUCGAUUACACACUCUGCCACGAAAGGAAAAUGGCGUAAUGCAGGGUGUACAGAGACAGCCAGCUGCAUCGGGUUCCCCUUUAUUUGCUGCUGGAAGCCCUUCGUAAAAUGGAACUCAUGGCUGGAACCCUGUGCAAACGGGGCAAGAGAAUUGAACCAAUGCAACACGUGUUUAAAAUACCCCACCCUCUCGAAAAGGGUCAGCAAAAGGACGGCAUAAUGGCGUGGAAGGUGUUACCAUUUUCAUGGCGGUUUUGUGCAAAUGCAAAUUAAUCAAUGUUCGCUCAAAACAAGCAUGUAACCGUAACCCCGAAAGACGAAUGACCGUGCGACAUAAAAGUAAUACGAUAAUCAAUUUCCACCCACACACACACACCCUUUCCCCCGACCAGGACUUCAAGGUGAAUCAGUGCAGCAGGCUGGUGUAGAUUAUUUUCAUUUGACCCACUCUGCUGCUUCAAUUCAUUAUUCAAUUAUAUAUCGAGGCUUCUUAUAUAACCAGACGACCAUUGCCAACAAGCGUUGCGAUCGUUCUCGGUGACAAAAGAACGAAAAGGACUGUGAGCGAGAGAGUAGCUAAAACUGGUGAAGGAAGAAGUAUGAAAAUGAUACUUUACUGUGUAAAAUAUGGUUCAAAACAAGAAAUUUUCUUUUAAAAAUGUGGAUAAAUAAACAGCUAAGGUAGAUAGAACUACCUAUACGAUGUUGUCUUUUUCCUUUAUUUUACGAUCCUUUCAACACCGGUACGAUCAAAAAGUGUAAUACGAUAGAUAGCAAAAAACAAGUUAAAUGAUACGUAUGUUAGCUAAUUAUGUUGCACUGAAACAGUUAUGCAAUCGAUGUAAAACUGGUACGAAGCGCCAACAAUAGGGGCAGGAUUUAGUUGGGAGAUUAGCUGGAUGGGAUGGCAAAAGUCCACAAGACAAAAUACCUGUUAUGUGAUUAGGUGUGCAUGGGAACGUGACUUUUGCUAGAUUUGUAGUGCGUGUAUGAGUGCGGUAUGUAUUAAGUACGAUUUGACUACUAUAGCUGCUACAUUAUUAGGAAAGUAAUUUAAAUCAAUUUCUGAUCCUUCUGACAUUCCUGUGCACCAGUGCACCUUCUUGUUGUGUAUGUAUUUCCUACUAAACGCUUCACAUUAGGCAAAAUAGAUGUGUAGAACCACCAACGUGGUCGAAAGUAAUGUUACAGGUAGAACACGUAGGGCAACGUAUUGAUUUUAAGGCACGUGCUAAUUUAUGACUAGUUUUAAGCUGAAAAAUGCUGGAAAAUGUUCCCAAGAAUGGCAAUUGAUUUUGAAAAUUCAAAAAUAUUGAAAAUAAUAACUAAAAAUGCGUCUCUUGUUUAUUUGCGUAUUAAUUAUUCUUGUCCAACGAUGACACUAGACUAUUUUUGCUACAAAAAUUAUCACCCGUGACCCGUCUUGCAAUCGAACAAAUUCUUUUAAAAGUAUCUGUUCUGAUUACCCGGUAAUCAUGGCGCUCGUAAUAGCGACAAUCAAACGUACAAUAAAACUCCCAAACAAAUGAGCCCAAAUUAGCUUGGCACCCAACCGAUCGAAAGGCAAACUGCAAACCCGUUUGACCGGUGGCAACAAAAUGCAUCGAACUAAAAAUCGAAAACAAGCCUUUAAAGUGAACAAAAAAAAACACACUUCAGACCUUUUAAAAGGUAUUGAAAAUUCUUCUUUCCAUUCGUGGUUGUCAAAUACAGCAGCCAAAAUCAUUGCCGCCAUAUUCGGCCAGCGUUGCAGAAGCAAAAACCCUCCCAGUGUGUCCCGUUGGGCUGUUUGUCUCUUUUACUCGUUUCUUUUUUUUUUCUUUUUCGAUGACAUUUGCAUAAUAUACCCAUCAUUGCAUUACUGCAACCGGGGCGUGAUUGCAAUCGACAGCAGCACUGCUGCUACAACCCAUUUUUGUUCAAACCAUUUCAAAUUCCAGUGAUAUUCUUCCAUUUACCAUCACUACGCACUACGCAAACUAAUGAUCAUGUCCACCUAUCAACACCUUUCCAAAAAGGUUCGUCGCUUACUGUAGGUAAGGUAAAUACAGUUUUUGGUGGCAUAUUGGUACGAUCGUUUUGUAGUCUUUUUUGGGCUGUAGUUUUUUUUUUAUUUGCUUGCUUAUAUCCGUUAAAGUCUGAUAUCCAAUGCAACAGGGACCACUCAAAGGCGUAAGCUGGUACUAAUGCUUUAUCAGCCACACGUACACAAAUGCGGGCACAAAUCCGAUCAUCAAGGAAAGAAUUGAGUUUUUUAUUGUCUCUUUUUCCCUACUAACUGAACCCACCAAAGCCGACAAAGUGUUGUUAGUGC